GCUGUCCUCUCUCCGGUCCGGGCCUCUCUCCAGGGCGUCUGUAAACACAGCCAGAGCCUGUCAUGGAGGGGGAGGAGGAGGCAGCCGCGGCGAAGGGAGGCGUUCUGCGCCGCCUCCAGGGUCCGCUCUGCCAUCCCUGAACUGGUCCCUCGUCCCCGUGACUGUGGCAUCAGGGAAGCGAACUGUUAGGCGAGAGGAGGAGGCAGUCAGAACCUUAUCCCGUUCUUUCCCCGGGGCUGGGGCCGGGCCGGGCCAGGCCGGCUGAGCCGGGGGAGGGCCGGGGGAGGGAGCGCCCGGCCGGGCUGGCCUGUCUGCCGAGAUGGAUGACAGUAAGGUGGUUGGAGGUAAAGUGAAGAAGCCCGGCAAACGUGGUCGAAAGCCAGCCAAAAUUGACUUGAAGGCAAAACUCGAGAGGAGCCGGCAGAGUGCAAGAGAAUGCCGGGCCAGAAAAAAACUGAGAUAUCAGUAUUUGGAAGAGUUGGUAUCCAGUCGGGAAAGAGCCAUUUGUGCCCUCAGAGAGGAACUGGAAAUGUACAAGCAGUGGUGCAUGGCAAUGGACCAAGGGAAAAUCCCUUCUGAAAUAAAGGCCCUACUCACUGGAGAAGAGCAGAACAAAUCUCAGCAGAACUCAAGCAGGCACCUGAAAGCUGGGAAGACAGACGCUAACAGCAAUUCCUACAUCAUUUGGUCACCAUUGCAAUACAGUGUUUUACCACCAGAUAUCUAUACAGCACAAGGGGAAGAGAAGAACAGGCAGUGACUGUGGUGAAUUGUUCAUUUUACAGAACUACCUAGGCAUCUUUUCUGGACCUGUGACAAAUCUAAAGCCCCGAACCAGCGUCUAAGCCGGGACAAAAUCUCGAAAUUGUCUGGAAAACAGAAGGUAUUAUGUCCUCUGAGCCAAAUUUCAGCCACAAAACCGCGGGAUCUCUAGCACAUACCUUCAUCCGGACUUUAUUUCAGAGACGGUCUCCUUGGGUCUUCUUGGUCAGGAACAGCCCUUGCAGAGGAGUUUGGAGAAUGCCAUAAACCACCAGGGAAGCUUGGGAACACAUCCAUAUCUGUCCUCUGCCUUCCCCUUGGCUCAGAGCCUGCUUCCUGGUAGGAAGACAAGAUGACGCUGUGCAGGGUUGACUGUUAAACCAUCUUCCCGCCCCCAAGCCCCACUCUCUUGGUGCCCCUCCCUUCUCCUUUCCAGGGCUCUGGAAUGUGUCACAUGGGAAAUGGAUCAUGUGGCUCCAGGGGAGAAUGUGGCCGGCUUCUCUCUCCCUUCCCCCACUUUUCCUUUCAGGAGCAUAGCAGCAGAAAUCUCCGACCUGAUUGGCUUGGACCAAAAAUCUCCACAUGAAAAGGGGAAGAUUCAACCAUCCAAACCUCCAGGCUUCUCCGCUUUCUUUUUUGUUUUAUUUUUCAUCUGAACAUUUUUCCUGGGCAUUCAGAAUUGCUUGGAAGGGAAGGAAAGAAUGCUUUCUCCCCAGGCCGUCUCCUUCUUUCUUAUCAUCAGUACCCUAACAUGGCAAGGUGUUCCCUAACCUCCCUCCAGAGCCCCCUUGGCACAUCUGAGACAAUCAAGUGUUCAGCACCACGGACAGCAUUACACCCCCUUCAGAGCUCCUUAAAGCCAUUUGUCUAUUUCACUCUCAGGUAAAUAAAAAUAUUCAAAAAAUAUU